AUGCGGAACUCGGACACUUGGUUUUUUGAGCGUUUGGCCAACUUUUUCGAGAAGGAAGGAAAGGUUUAUGGAAGCUUCAAAACGCUCCUCCUUACCUUGAUCAGGCCCAUCCGAAUCAUCUGUCGAUCUCAACAGGCGCAGGUCAUUCAGACACCGACUACGAUGUCGAGCUCGCUUCUUGGCAGCUCCAAUGGGAUGCCUGCUAUGGAGCUCCCAGCUCCCGCACGCUCCGCAUCUAGACUCGAGCUCCUCCUCAACCUCGUCGCCUCGUCUCCAUUCGAUUCUCGUCAAACGGAUGAGGUUCUCACCAUCAUCAGCCAGUCUGGACUGCUAGCACACGUCCCGCAAGACGAAACACAACAUAAGCUUACCGUCCGCAUCAACUCGCUCAUCUCUUCUCAAAAUGCGUUUGGCUAUCGAUUGGCACAUCUCUGGAUUCAGCAGGAUCCGGCCGUGUGGAACGAUCACCUCGUAACAAAUGCGGCCACUUGGGCCACACAGAUUGUCAACCUUCUCUCAGCCCCCGACAAGCUCCUGCUGCAGCGGCAACAGUCCGACCUUCUUCUCGCCGCCGCACUCCAGUUCGCCAUCUCCCACCUCUUUCCCGAGAACAUUGCAUCAAGGCAAGAAUUCUACCGACAAGUGGUGCAUCCAAACCUGCCAAAAGUAAUCAUAGGACUCACACAGCUGCUCGAAAAUAUCGCUGCAAAGCAACAUGCAGAAGGUCACGCCGCUUUCGCCACUCAGCUGCACACCGUCUUGGUCUUCACCAACAGAUUCCUCCAUGCCCAUCCCGCUCAGUUCCGCCCUGUUUCUUCACGAAUCCUCGAAUGUGUCACCGCGAUGCUCUACCGAGACGAUGCGAUGUCCAUUCCGCUUCCCAUCUUCAAUGCUGCAGCGGCUGUUCUCUCUUCAUUGCAUCUCACCGGCGCGCUUGCGGCCAAAGGCAGCGAAGCCUCGGGAGGCUCGAGUCGCACCACCCAGUCUCAGCUCUGGCAAGCCACCAUCGACAAUCAGAUUCGCCUUGCCACUGAAGCCUGGCGUCAUGCGACCUCGAGCUACCAGAUCACCGACUUGGCCCCAUCCUCCAGCGACUCGCAGGCCUCUACUGCUAACAAGCAUCUCCGUCCGUAUCCAACAGAUCCGCUGGCGGCGACCAAGGUAGCUCACACGAGGCUAGCGUUGCUUCUCGGAACUCGUGGCCGCUCCGGCCUUAUCAAUCUGCAUCUUCGAGGCGCAACUUCACGUCCGGUUCCUGUACCAGCUGGUCAGCUCGUCACUUUGGCUCUGGACGUGCUGAGGCUCGACGUCGCGAGCAGAUUCAAGCCUACUGCCGAGGCCAAAGUGUGCUCGCUUCAAGCGGCCCAUCUCCACACUCUUCAAACACGAGCUCUUGCACUCGUCGCUCAGGUGGCUAUCACUGCGCCGGCCGCCAUGUCGCUCGAGGCAACCAGGGUUCUUGGCGACAUCUGCCGCAUCGCCGAGGCAAAUGUCAACGCCGCUGUCUCCGAUGCCGCGAGCGUUCGCGUCAAAUUGGCUGCAAUGCGCACUCUAAAUGUGCUUGUUGGUAGGCAGGGGGUCGCUCUGCCACUGGAUCCUGCUGGUCGUGUCACGUUGCGCCUUGCUCGUCUAGCAGUGACUCAAGUUGCCAGAGCUGUCAUCCAGCCGGCACAAGCUCUGUUCGGUGCGGGUAUGGGAGAGACGAGGAAGUCGAAGAAGGCGCGUCUGUACGAGUCUGACUCCAUGUUCGCUUCCAGCACAUCGCUCAAGGAUCGCAUCCGUGAUUUGAGCGUCGAAGAGAUCGCAUCCACGCAAGCCUCUCUGCAGAUCCUCGUCGCCAUUCACCCUCACCUCACGACGAGCCUCAGCGCAGUCCACUACGACCAGAUGCAGCUCACCGUCCAGGUCGUCUUGGCUCUCGUCGAAUGCCUCGUCGAUUCGACCAGCACGAAUUCUGCUACGCUCCGCAGUAAGAGCGCUGGUUCUGGCGCACCCAGCACGGAAGAACUGCUACGAGAUGCUGUUGAGGCAUUGACGGAUCUGUGUCUAGAUUCGACGUCCAGCACACUUGCAUUGGUGCUGCCGAGAGCCAUCCCUGUGCUCAGUAGGAUCGCACAUGCACCUAGUGGAGCUGGCAGUGUGGCAGUUCGAAGUGUUGCGGAACGUGCCUUGAUGGCAGUGCAUGCCAGUAGGAAGGGCAAGUUUGUGCCGGUGGCUAAGGGUGUUGGGUUUGGUCCGCGUGCUGCGGGCGACUUGGAGGCUGCACCCGAGGGCGCAAAGCUGGGCGGUGCAUCUGACGUAGGUCACGCCAUUCCCGUCACGAGCGAGGCUUUGGGCUCGAGUAUCGUCGGCUCGAGCACUGCCGUACUCGGUGGCGCAAAGGAGAGCGCGUUCGAAGAAGGUGAUGAUGCAGUUGACGGCGACGAGGGGGCUGCGGAGACAAGGAUGGAUGUGGACGCAAUCACUGCCGAAUCCGCCGAGCUGUUCAAGUCAACUGGCUCGGACGCAGCUACCUCCGCAACCGCUACCACCGCAACAGGACUGGGAUUAGGCCUCCCGACCUCGCCACGACGAUCUCCCAUCGAAAAACACGUCUUGUCACCCGAUCCAGUGAAACCGGCUCACCGACCAAGCACACCCCGCAUCGGCAGCCCCUCGACUGCACACCCGGCGGCACUCUCCCGCACUGGCUCGCCAACCUCUGAUGCUGUCAACCUCGGUCCCGGCGGUGCCUUUUUGAGCCCUGGAAGACUUUCCACUACAAGUGUUAGUGUUGCGGUUGCUGCGCUACCGGCGAUUACGGACGCUGCGGUGGAAGCAGCAGCAGAGGUGGUCGAGACGCCAGCGGCGGUGGCUGAAGCUGUGCAGGACAUCAUCGAUGAUGCACCAGCCCGGGAAGGAGCAGCGGCGGUUGAGAUGGGUGGAGUUGCGGCAGGACAAGGAAGGCUUUUCAUGGGUGGUGGCAGCGAUAAUGAUGACGAUGAGGAUAUGCCCGAGAUCGACAUGGGUGAGUCGGAUGAGGAGGACGAGGAGGCUGAAGAAGCAGAGGAAGCUUAG